AUGAAGUUCGCUGCUGGCCUUGUUCUUGCGGCUCUCGCCGUCACCGCCGCCAACGCCGGCAACCCGGCCUACCUCCGCUCGUCGGACGAUGCCAGCGCCAGCGAGGACUUCGACUUCUCGGCCUCGGACUCGCUCGACGCCAGCGGCAGCGACGCCUGCCCGGACGAGUGCCCGGACAAGUACGAGCCCGUUAGGGACGAUACGGGUGUCGAGCACACGAACGAGUGCCACAUGCGCUGGGCCCAGUGUCUCACGAACGACGUGAACAACCUGUUCGUCAGAGAGGGCACCGACUGGACGUUCACCGUGGCGUCGCUUUUUGGCAGCAGCAGCAGUGCCCAGGACAAACGUCAGCAACUCCUUGACGUCUUAGAGAAAUUUACGAGUUCAUCUGGCAGUGGCAGCGACCAGGUCGACCUUCAGGACAUCAUCGACACCUUCGAGGAGGAGCAGGCCUCGGACGACAGCGAGUCUGGCAGCGACGACGACCUGUCGUGGCUGGACGACAGCGACUCGGAGUUUGGCAGCGAGGACCCUACCCUUGUGAAGGGUGCCACCAAGGGCAAGACCCCCAUCGUUCAGGACGACUCGGAGUCCGGCAGCGACGACGACGUCCUGGUGAAGGGCGGCAAGGAGCCCGCCACCAAGUCGUCCAAGUCGAGCAAGACUGAGAAGGCCACCAAGACGGGCACGAUACCCGACCUAAUUGACCAGCUCUUCGACGACGCCUCGGAGGACGGCAUCAUUGGCGACGAGUCCGAUGAGGAGGACCCGACGCUGGUGAAGGGCGCCACCAAGGGCGGCGCUGCCACCAAGGGCAAGACCCCCCUGUACGAGGAGGAUGACAGCGAGUCCGAGUCUGCUUCGGACGAGGACGACUACUUCCAGCAGGAGCAGCUCCAGACUUCCGUGGCCGAGAAGGCGGCGACCAAGAGCUCCAAGACUCUGCUGCUCUAA